AUGGAGGACGAAAACAUCAACCAAGGACGUGAGACAGAACCACUCAUUAAAGAUGUCGGCGACCAGAACAUUGUUCCUGGAAACCACCAGACCACCCAAAUCGGCCGCCUGCUCCUCGUCAGCCUCAUCCUGUUCCUCCAUGGCGGCUCCUCUGCUAUCCACAGUCCACUCAUGUCCCAGUACCUAUACCUGCGAUACAGCCAACAGUACUUUCCAAACUCAACGUAUCCGGAAAGGAAGACGUCUCACGGUCAAUGUGUUGUCAACAACACCGCAGCGGACUCCGACCUCCAGGAUGAGGUCCAGAGAGAUGCGACCAACCUCAACAUGCAGCUCACCCUCGCUACAAGCAUCCCUGCUAUCUUCACCAACCUAUUUCUUGGAGCCUAUUCGGACUAUUUCGGACGCCGGUUCUUGUUCAUGACCAUGUUGGUGGGGAGAAUCACCAGAGACCUCACGACAGUUGCUACCAUCGCAUGGAAUCUGGACCUUCGCUAUUUCUUCAUCGGGUACGGCGCUGACGGAUUGUGUGGGUCUAGCUUCACCUUCUACCUAGCGGGGUACGCGUUCACGGCAGACAUUACCCCACCUGCUAAAGUGAGAACCGUGGCACUGGCUGUGGUGGAUGCAGCCAGGGGUAUCGCUGAGAUAUCUCUACACAUAGCCACUGGGUAUUUGAUUCAGAUUAACGGCUACCUGUAUCCGUCUGUGGGGAUGGCUGCCUUGACAAUGCUGGACCUCCUUGUCGUGGUGACCCUGCUUCCGGAAACGGUCAAAAGAAAUAGGGCCUGUAUCUCUCCCAUUGCGGCCGUAAAAAUGUGUUUGGUUUUUAUUUUAGAAAAGGGGCUACAGGUAACCGUGCCCUAUUCUGGAUCUGUAUAA